UGACAUCAACAUCAACAUAAAACAUCCAUACAUAAAACAUCGAUGUGUUUUACUUUCGUUGAGGAAUUUUCGAGCGCAACACACAACGGGAUUCGUGUCAGCGUCAGCCGUCAACCGGAAUCGGAAUUUAAUGCGAUGUGCUGAUGAUAACGACAGCGAGUGAGGGCACCACUUACCACGCGUAGACCGUGUAAUGUUUUUCUGGUGGAUUAACGUGUGACAGGUCAUGCUUGUCAACCGAGUUGUCUGAUUGGUCAUUGGUCAUUGACUUGCUAUAUACCUGACUUGUUUAGAAGCUCAACAGACUGCAGCUAUUUAUUUGUCGCUCACCACACUCAAGGAGCACGAGAGAGUUCUUGCACAGAUACACACUCCGUUGGUUGAGUUGGCUGUGUGUGUCACCGUACCAAGUUGCUUUUGGUAGUAGUGACUAGUGAUUCCAAUCCAGUCCAGUCCUGCCCAGUCGACGGUCUGGUUGUGGAUUAUUUCCCGUAACCCGUAACUUGUUUCUAUUGAUAAAAACCCAUUGAUAUCAGUGGUGCUUGACUUUCUCUGCUGAUAAAUUUUUUAUCAUUUUAUUGCCGGAGGUGGCAAAUAGCCCGGCUAUUCCUUCGAGAUAACUCGAAGAAAAAAAAACUUCUCCACGUAAUUGCUAAAAUCAAUCACGAUGGAAGAAAUCGGCAAGACAUUAAAAUCGAUGCUGCUGGCGUACAAGGGAGGAGUAGCAGUCGAAAACAUAAACCGGGACUACAAGGACAUGUUCGAGGAGUACAUUCCCUUCAGAAAAUACGGUUACGCGAACAUCCUCGAAUUUCUAAAAGACGUGCCAACAAUAAGAUUAGUAUCCAGAAACGGUGCGAUCUACGCUCAAGCGCUAGUUGAUGAGAAGAACAAGCACCUGGCGGACUUGAUCUCCAGACAGAAGACCCCUAAGUCGAAGCCAACGUCAUCGAGACGUCCCACAAACACUUACUCAGGCAACUACAACAGGUCCUCAUCAACAGGCAGGUAUUCUUCCAACCCGCGAUCGAAUUUCUCCGCGAGAUACGGACGCAGUCAGUCUCUGCACCGACCAACCGACCAACCGACCACCAGAAAUUGGUCCUCAAACUCUUCUUCGAGACCCGAGACUACCAGAGCGCAAAAUUUCGGUAGCAACGGCAGCCAGAAGAAGCCAGAUGACAGAUUUUACAUGCCAAAGUCCCAGAAUGGGUUCCAACAAUCAUCUUCGAUGUCCCGAGCCGAGAAACCCGAAGCUGACCGAGUUCCAGCGCGCGCCAACAAUGGCUUCCAGAAUCUGUCUUCCUCAACAUCUCCGCCGAUGAACCACCGGGUCAGCAACCUGCACAAUAUUUCAAUGGGAAGAAACAGCCAAGCUCAAAACAUGUCAGGAUCUUCCUUCUCCGUAACUCGACAAAAUUCCUCAGGAAACAUUCCACCAUUGAUACCUCCGACUGAUCGCAAGUCUCCAGUGUCUCCAACUAACACUUCUUUCAAGCAAAAGCCAUUGUCUCCUAAUUACACCAGUAAAACAAACGAGACUUUCAAUGACUCUGGACUGAAGCCUCAAUUAAAACCUCUGAGCGAGCGUCUGAAGAACCCACUGGCUUUUUCUCCUCCCAUUGUCGAGCCCAAGCAGGCUGAGACACCUUCUAACGCCGACAAGCGGGUAACAUUCGCGCCUUCCGUUGAAAUAAAACCCAAUGUUAGUCCAGUUGUCAGACAACUGCCUCUGACUCCACCACUGACUCCCAGAACCUUCAACGACCCUCGGGAAGAGCUGACCGACCUGGCUUUCCAGAUGAACCUCCCGCCUCCAGAGUACGUGUGCACUGACAGCGGCAAGCGCAGCCCCAAGACUAUCUACAGCCAAAUAACAAUUGGGAGCAUGAAGUUCAGCAGCUACCCAGCGGACGCUAAGACUAAAAAUGACGCUGAGAUAAUCGCCGCUGAGCAAGCUCUUGCUGACUUGAGAGUCAAGUACCAGUCGCAAGUCCAGUUGCCAAUCACUCUCGACAAAACAGUGAUAAAAGACCGAGUGAUUGACAUUGUCAUAAACGACAACCACACCAGUGGAAUAUUCAAGCACAAGCUUCCUCAGUACUACCAGGAGAAGUACAAAGAAACUCUGCCGCUGGACUGGGACGAUGUCCUCGCGAGUUGCUUCUCUAAAAUAACUUGUGAGAAAGUUCUGAAUGACGGGAUAAUCCUGCUGCCUUACAACCCGGCGACUGACGACAUAGACCAGCCGCCUAUGCCGGAGCUGGUGCUGCCUCAAGAAGAGCUCUGGCCGGUUUACAUCACGAGCUUGAUCAGCACCGAGGAGGUCUACGGGAUUAUUCUUGAUGAUGACUACUGUCUCCGCAGAGACUCGAUGACUGACAAGAUAGAGGUGUUCUACAGCAAGGUCCAGCCGAAGCCUGCUUCGGUUAAAGUCAAGAGGUACUAUGCCGUUAAGAAAGACGACACUUGGCAGCGGGUUUACGUUGAUUUCAUUGACACCGAGAGCGAGAGCGCGGAUGUUUUUUUUAUAGACACCGGAGAUGUUGAUACAGUCAGCUUGAAUGACUUGUGUACUCUAGAUAGGAGUUUCUACGAACUGGCUCCCCAGGCUGUGAGAUUCAGCAUUGCGGGGUAUGAUGAGCUAUCCAGUUACAAUGUCAUUAACAAGAUUGGCGUUGAGUUACUAACAAACUUAUCUUGUUAUGUGCAAGUUAUGAGCCGGGAGAAGAAUGACUUGGGCGUGCUGAUAAACGGAGUGUUUUAUGACACCAGCACUGAUGAAGAUAUCAAUGUCAAUGAUUUGAUUCUUGAGAAAUUGAUUAAAACUGUGAGCAGUCCGAAAUUAACCAGCGAGGGCGAGGUUCUUGAGGUUUAUUUAUCGCACGUUGAUGAGGACACUGGUGGGGUUUUUAUCCAGAUAAAUAAUGACUCGUUUGAGGUAUUGAGUGCCUUGAUUGAGAAGCUCACUGCGGAAAUUAAUGAUGAAGUUCUCAAGAGAGCUGCGGUUAAGUGGAGCUGGGUAACCAGAGAUGUUGCUUACUUGGUUCGCUUGCCAGAAGGACCGAUGGCGAGGGUCAAAGUCAUCCAGCAACCCCAAGGAGAUCGGCUCAAUGUUCUGCUGGUUGACAUUGGCAAGACGAUGGUCGUCAGCGCUUCGCAGCUCAUCAGGAUCCAAAUGAUCCCGCCGGCUCAUGAUAAUAAUCUUAAAUUGCUUGCUACGGCGGUGGAAAAGUAUCCGGUUCAGACUUGUGGGAUUCAGUUGCACAACACGAGGACCAGCGUGCUGAGUGACAAGAAAAUUUUGAAGCCUCUGAGGGAAAUGGCGCCGCCUAAAGUUAAAUUGUUCUGCAAGGUCAUCAAGGAAGCUAAGGACUCGUUGGCUGUUGUCGAGUUGUUUAAACGCGGAGGAAAGGACAAGGAUUAUUCUUUGAUUUCUAUUAACAAUACUCUUGCGCUUCAGUUGAUCAGUGCGGAAGACGAGGACAAGAAUAAUAAUUUAAAGCCCAAGUCGAGAAUUUUUGAUAGGAAAAAUUCGAGGACUAAUUUAUCUCCAAAAGGCCUCGAGAUUAUGAGCAAGCCGGAGAUUCCUAAUAUUGGAGAAUUUUUUGAUGUACAUGUUACUCAGACUGUCACGGGUCCUAAUCAUUUUGUUGUCCAGCCGUAUCAUGGAACUGAGCCUUUGACUAUUCUUGAGGAAGAGCUUCAGGCUUAUUGUGAGGGGAGUAAAAGUUUUGUCAAGAAUGAAGAUUUUGGUACUGUUGAUAGCCUCUGCGCUGCUAAGGUUGAUAAUAAAUGGCAACGCGCUAUGGUAGCGGGAAUUUUUGAUGCAAGGUCUACUAUCGUUUAUUUGUGCGACUCUGGGGUUAUGCGCAACUUGGACAAUAGUGAGUUGAAGCCGCUGGCAGAUGAAUUUUUGACGAUUCCUUAUCAAGGAAUUAAAGCUAAGCUAUAUGGCCAUGAACAAUUAAACUCAAAACCGGAGCUGGACAGUAAAUUUAAAGAACUCGUUGGAGAAAAAGAUUUUGUGUCAAUAAUUAGAAGAAUUGAACCAGACACAGUUAGUCCAACAAAACAAAUCGUCUCUUUGGAACUUAUCGACACGUCUGGCAGUGAAGACAAGAACAUUCUCUCAGAAUUAAUGAAACUUGAUAUUUAAGCUUUGGUACAACGUAACAAGAUUAUUAUUUUUUUUCUUAUUUAUUACCCUUAAUAUUAUUGCAUUAUUCAAAACCUUUUUUAUAUAAAUUAACAAACGUUUAUUUAUCGAGAUUAAAUAACUUCCAUGAUAUUAAAUAUUAAUAGUAAUAACAAUAUUUAUAAAGCUUCCAAGCAAUUAAAAUAUCCGGCCUACGAUUAUGUGCCGUAUUUAAUAAAACUUUAAGCAAUAUGAGGGUCUGGUUAAACCCCUGGCUGUGUUUAUUGAUGCUAUUAUUAUUAUUAUUUUUAAUAAUAUAAUUAUUUUUUGUUAUCGCUCAGUUAUUUUUUUGGGUCCAAUUUUUUACGGGCGUUGAUAUAUUUAAAGAAUUAUAUAUUUUAUUCUUCAUUUAUCUUGUUAUUAAAAGACAAAGUUUAAGUAUUUAACAAUGAGAAAGUUAUUUAAUAAUUAAUAGCGUACUGUGUACGUUCUUGAUAAUGAAGAAUACAGUAUUAUUAGACAAUAUUAAUAAGAAAAGAAAUACUUGCUGUAAAGAUUAUUAAAUCUCAGCAUAAAAUCGCUUAAGCGAUUAUAUUGAUAAUAAUAUUUAAUGUUUUUAUGUAAGACUCUUGAAAUGUAUUUUUUUAAUAGUUAUAUUUCAAUGUAAGAAAGCAAGUAAUAAAAAUCGUUCAUAUAAUUAUAAAU